AAAAAAAAUAGAGGGUGGAAUGGGAAAGUUAGGUAAAAAGGGCUCACAGACCCUAUCCCCACCGCCCUCUUGGCCCCUCUCCCCGCCCCUUCCUUCCUGUCCCACUAGCUUAACUUCUCUCCCUAGUGGCUAUACCUCAGAAACCCGUGUAGCCAGAGAUGGGGACGGAGCCUGCAGAACAGGUCUCCUGGAGCCCCUACUCUGGGUAUGAUGAGGAGGCAUACUCGGCUGAGCCAUUGCCAGAACUCUGCUACAAGGCGGAUGUCCAGGCCUUCAGUCGGGCCUUCCAACCCAGUGUCUCCCUGGCAGUGGCUGCACUGGGUCUGGCCGGCAAUGGCCUGGUCCUGGCCACCCACCUGGCAGCCCGACGUGCUGUCCGUUCGCCCACUUCUGCCCACCUGCUCCAGCUGGCCCUGGCCGACCUUCUGCUGGCCCUAACCCUGCCCUUCGCCGCAGCCGGGGCUCUGCAGGGCUGGAGUCUGGGAAGUGCCACCUGCCGCGCCAUCUCGGGCCUCUACUCAGCCUCCUUCCACGCUGGCUUCCUCUUCCUGGCCUGUAUCAGCGCCGACCGCUAUGUGGCCAUCGCGCGGGCCCUCCCCGCUGGACCGAGGCCCUCUGCGCCAGGCCGCGCACACGUGGUCUCAGCCAUCGUAUGGCUGCUGUCGCUGCUUCUCGCGCUGCCUGCUCUCCUUUUCAGCCAGGAUGGGCAGCGGGAAGGCCAGCGGCGCUGCCGUCUCAUCUUUCCCGAGGGCCUCACGCAGACGGUGAAGGGGGCAAGCGCCGUGGCGCAGGUGGUCCUGGGCUUCGCGCUGCCGCUGGGCGUCAUGGCCGCCUGCUAUGCGCUCCUGGGCCGCACGCUGCUGGCCGCCAGGGGGCCCGAGCGCCGGCGUGCGCUGCGCGUCGUGGUGGCCCUGGUGGCGGCCUUCGUGGUCCUGCAGCUGCCCUACAGUCUCGCCCUGCUACUGGAUACGGCCGACCUACUGGCUGCCCGCGAGCGGAGCUGCCCUGCCAGCAAGCGCAAGGAUCUGGCACUGCUCGUGACCGGAGGGUUGGCCCUGGCCCGCUGCGGCCUGAACCCCGUACUCUACGCCUUUUUGGGCCUGCGAUUCCGCCAGGACCUGCGGAGGCUGCUGCGGGGUGGGAGCUGCAGCCCAGGGCCUCGCCCCCGGGGCCGCUGCCCCCGCCGGCCCCGCCUCUCUUCCUGUUCGGCUCCCACUGAGACCCACAGUGUCUCCUCCUGGGACUACUAGGGCUGCGAAUCAAGGGGAGAGGGCGGGCUGAGGAAAUGAUUCCAGGGAGGGUAGUGGGAAAGGGGAGUAGGUGGGGAGACCCUGAGAAGGAGGUAGGGACCUAAAGGAAUUGCUUCUGUACUUUGCCACAUUAAAUUGAUAACAUGGAAAUGAGAUACAACCCAACAACUGUUACUAGUUUUGAGUCACCGACUUGGAAGUGAUUUGUAGCAGGGCAGAACCGGUGGGUUCCCCCUCCCCCUCAGUGCGCUUGGCUCUGAGUGGAAGGCGCUGAGAAUCUGGGUGGGGGUGCAGGGCUGCUGAGCCUGCUGAAGCUCUAGGCACUGACACUCCCUCCACCCUCACCAGGUCUCUGUGAACAAGAGAGCCUCCGGCGGCUGAGACCAAGAGCCACCUCCACUAGGGGCCAGGAUCCAGGGAAGGCCCGGAGAUGGCGCCGAUCUUCCGAAGGUCCCACAAGCCAGUCGCUGGGGGCCAACCUGGAACCCUCCACCGGAGACCGCGGGAAUCGCCGCUGAGUCAGCAACGCACGCGCGCGCCCGCGGUCGCCCUGGCCCCGCCCCGUUCGCGGCCCCGCCCCGCCCCGGCCAUUUAGCGCCUCGCUUAACCCCUUCCGACUUAGAACUCCAGGCUAUUCACCCCAAGAGGCCUCCACUCUUCGAAGACCACAGAAUUCCCUUGAAUCUUAAGUCACUCUCCCCACUGGAGUUCAGUGAGCUGUGCGCUCUAAAUUAGAUUUCAUUUCCGACCUAGGUCUUCACUUUCCCGAGUCUCUUAAUUCCCGAGUCACCUUAAUUUUUAAAGCGACUCACAUCAAGGAAUUGGACUACUCCAUCCAGGGGCGGAGAGCUAGCUGCGUCUAGAGCUGAGCCUGGCGCAGGUAGCUAAGUCUCGUUCCUUUCUCAGGGACCCUGAGACGAGACAGGGUUUCAGAGGGCAGCAGUCGGGGCCUUCCUUCAUGCCCUAUGCCCUUCCUUCUAUAAAGCUCCUCGAGAGGGUUUUUAAUCUCUUGGUUGGUGAGCCAAGAGUUAAAACGGGCAUGAAGGCGGGCUUCCGUGACAUCACUAGCACUCCGAGUCCGACCUCAGAGACAGGGGCGUAGCUAACAUCGCACUGCCCCCUCCCUCCUUAUUCCUCUGCUCCUCCCCGCUGUCACCAAGCCAGGGGCACAUGAUGCAACCCGCCGCGGUUUCAGUGGUCUGAUUGGUGGCCGCGCCCGGCGCCAGGCACAGGGAUUGGUCAGGGGAGGCUGUGACGA